UCCAGGAAUUGCCAGCAUUGCUGAUCUGAAUUGCUCUAAAACAUCUUUGCAUUUUGGGGUUUAGGUUUUUUCCUGGCUCCCUGCUGCCAGCUGCCUUGAUUUCCUACCCUGCAUCUCCCAGCAGUUGCAUCCAGGACCUUCUCUCAGAGCAAUAAGGCACUGGAGCAUGGAGAGUUUUCAAGCAAGACUGAGGCAUCUCUCUGCCACUGGGACGAGAGCCUGUGUUUACUGUGAAGACUUUCUGUUCCCAAAGGUAUGCAGGACCAUGGCAGAACUAUGGUCAGUUUACUCCAAGCCCAUCCCAGCAAACAGCAGAGAGCUGUGGACUUUGUUUCUGCAGUGUUCCUGCGUGACAGUGGUGAUAGGAGGCCUCUUUUACAACUGGCUCUUUGCUUCCUUGGAGUACUCCUGGCAUCUCUCCAUUGCAGUGGCUGUCUUCUUCAGUCUGCUCCUUCUCCUGACCCUUUUCUUGGUGCAUCCUGCUCGCUGUGUCUUCAGUAUGAUCAUGCCCACGUUAGGGACUAAGCAGGGCAGGAAGCUGCUCUUGUCAACCUGCACCAUGAUAGUGGUGGUCAACAUAACACCCAACAUCAUAAGCAACAUUAAAACCAUACUGCAGGUUAUCAAGUGCAUCUGCAAGAAUUCCUCUGAGAGUCUUUUGAACUCAACUGCUCUGCUAGAGACAGCUUCCUGGGAGUUUGGGGAUGAAAUCCAAAGAACCAUUAAUUCUAUUAAUAUUUAUAGGCCUAUGAAUGGACAUUUUCAGUUUUCAUUGCUUAAGAACAGCUCCUUGAUUUACCAACAAAUGCACCUCGCUGGCGAGAAGAUUGGGAGGGAUUUUUUGGCUGUUGAUGCACUGGUCAAAGGCUCUGUACGAAUAGGCAACAGGCUGGUUGCUGGCUUCUCCAUGCUCUAUCUCUGCUUUGAAUCCACCUGCUACUUGAAGAGGUAUCUCACCAACAUCCGCUUUGACAAUUUCUACCUCACCCAGCAGCUGGAGCGUUUAGCUGUGGACAACAAAGCGGCUCAUCUGCUGGGGAGCUCAUCCAAAGACCUCAUUCGACCGACAGGCUGGAAGUUGUCUCGGGAAGAAGCGAUGCUGUGCCUGGUGCAGGCCAUGCUCCUCACCGUGGCCCUGAUGCUGAUGCUGAUGGUGGUGGCCAUGGACCACUUCACGUUCCGAGUGGCAGACACGGCAGUGAGAAAGGCAGCUCAGUUCUCCGUGGUGCCUGUUGCUAUCAAUAUCAAUUACAGUGCUAAAAUAGAGAUCUUGCCCGAGCUGUUGAAACUUCUACAGCUUCACACAGAAUCAACACUUCACGACUUUGAAAAAAGCUACCACCAUCACCUGAUCUUCAGCUCAGCCCACUGUGGGAUCAGCCCCCCAACACCUCCCAACCCCUCUCUGCUGCUCGUUGUGGGGCUUCUCUUCUGCAUCCUCUUCGCCACCGUGUUCCUGGAAGCCUUCACACACCGCCUGUGCAGGAAAAUCGCCGGCUCCUUCUUCCAGAGCUGGGAGGAGAAGCGAGCACUUUAUCUCUUCAAGAAGCUGUCCAGGAAGCACGAGGAGGAGCAAAACUGUGUGAGGAGCUAA